UAGAAAUUAGCCUCCUCCGCUUAAAGUUUGAAACUUGAAACUUGAAACUCCGGCCUCUUCUACUAAACUCAUCUCCAAACUCUGCUGCCCAUCGCCGACUAAAUUCUCUUGUACCCUCCAAAUUUUCCCUCCUCUUCUUCUGUCCAAUUCUUGCUCAUUGGUCACUCUUCUAUGGCCGGAAGUAGAAGCCUAGGCUCUGAGCCAAUCCAAGAUUCCUCAGACUCUAAUUCAAAGAAAGCCAGGGGUUUAACCAUUGAAGGGUACCCAGUUGAGGGUUUAUCAAUUGGAGGCCACGAAACCUGUGUAAUCUUUCCAUCUCUCAAGUUGUCAUUUGAUAUUGGACGAUGCCCACAACGUGCUAUUGCCCAAGACUUCCUCUUCAUCUCACAUGCCCACAUGGAUCACAUUGGAGGACUGCCUAUGUAUGUUGCAACUCGUGGGCUAUACAGCAUGAAGCCCCCAACGAUCAUUGUACCAAAAUGUAUAAAAGAAGUUGUUGAAGAACUCUUUGAGGUGCACAGAAAAAUGGAUCAAUCGGAGCUGAAGCAUAAUCUGAUUGGCUUGGAUGCUGGGGAAGAAUUCCAUAUGAGAAAGGAUCUCAAAGUAAAAGCUUUUAGGACUUAUCAUAGAAUACCAAGUCAGGGUUACGUAGUCUAUUCGGUAAAACAUAAACUUAAGCAGGAGUAUCUCGGGCUAUCUGGGACUGAAAUUAAAGAGUUGAAAUUAUCAGGCGUGCAGAUUACAGACACUUUGAUAGAACCUCAAGUUGCUUUCACAGGAGAUACCACAUCUGAUUUCAUAGUUGACAGUAGUAAUAUUGAUGUGCUGAGAGCAAAGAUUCUUGUCAUGGAGAGUACCUUCCUAGAUGAGUCAAUUACAGUGGAGCAUGCAAGAGACUAUGGACACAUUCAUCUAUCUGAGAUAAUUAAUCAUGCAGAAAGGUUUGAAAACAAAGCAAUUCUUCUUAUUCACUUCUCAGCUCGAUACACAGUAGAGGAAAUUCAACAAGCUGUAUCGGCGUUGCCCUCUCCUUUAGCAGGGCGAGUUUUUGCACUUACAGAAGGUUUUUGAUGGCAAGCUGGUCUAGAGUUUUGUCUUUUCAUGACAUCAAUUUUCGCAACUUGAAUUUGUGUGCUGAAGAAAAGCACAUGAGAAAUCAGCAAUGCAUCGUGGAUAUGCUCGCAUAAGAACAAGAUAUGAGUGCAAGAGCAUAUAGGUGGAAUGUUAGUAGAUUUCAUUUACUAAUUCGUGUUUAUUGUCUUGUACAGAUCUCAUCUAUGUCAAUAGCUCCUCUUACUCUUAUAGACAUCAAGUGUUUAUCACAAUUAAAAACUGGCAAGUCAGUAUUGCUUCUCAAUCACAGUCAAUGAGAUGAUGCUCCCAAUUGUUUAUACUA